GGGAAACCCUCAGGCUAGCCCGGGCCGAGAGGACUAAGAACUGGGGCUCGGUGGGCUUUUUCAUCGACCAGGUUUUACUGGCCCUAGCUGUUCUGUUUUACACUCACACGAAACCUCUUCUGCUCUUCAGUGGACAUAAAACAUUAUCCGGAUGAAGGCUCACAGAGAAGUGUGGAUUUUGAUGCUGUCAGGAACCACGGGUGUCUCCUGUUCUGCUUGGCAUCAUUGACCUCACUCCGUUAUUCAAGAACUGCUACAACAACAGGCAACUAGUUCUGCUUUUUUAACUCUUUUGGGCCGAGUUGCUCAAAGAGGACCUUCUUCAUAACUGACCACAAUGAAUCGUUACCUGCCCGUGGCACGACAGCACUUCCUGGCUGCCCUUGCCAGCACCAGUGUAGUGGUAAAAGCUAUAAGUGCUCUAGUAGUACUGCUGUACCUGCUUUCAUGGGCUGUCAACACUCCAUACGCAUUGGGGGUGACCCCGGGCUACCUUUUUCCACCCAACUUUUGGGUGUGGACGCUGGUAACCCAUGGAGUGGUGGAGCAGCACGUCUGGGGUGUGGCAGCCAAUGUGGGGACAGUAAUGGCCUGUGGGCGCCUGCUGGAGCCUUUGUGGGGUGCUCUGGAGCUCCUGAUCUUUUUCGCAGUGGUUAACGUGUCUGCAGGCCUGUUAGCAGGCUUCUCCUACCUCCUCACCUAUGUGGCUACCUUUGACCUGGACUUCCUGUUUGCUGUGCGUGUCCAUGGAGCAGCCGGAUUCCUGGGAGGUGUCCUGGUGGCGCUGAAGCAGACCAUGGGGGAUACUACAGUGCUCAGAGUGCCACAGGUGAGACUCAAAGCAGCACCAGCUUUGGUCCUCCUCUUCCUGGCUUUAUUGCGCCUGUCUGGAUUGCUUGACAGCUCCGCUCCCCUGGCUUCAUACAGUUAUGGUGCACUGUCUGGAUGGGUCUACCUGCGCUUCUACCAGAGGCACAGCCGGGGCCGCGGCGACAUGUCAGACCACUUUGCCUUUGCAAGUUUCUUCCCAGAGGCAGUGCAGCCAGCUGUGGGACUGCUGGCAGGGCUCGUCCACUCUGCCCUGGUGAAGAUGAAGGUGUGCAGGAAGAUGGUAAAGAGAUACGACGUGGGAGCGCCCUCCUCCAUCACCAUCAGCUUACCAGGGACAGACCCACAGGAUGCAGAAAGGAGGAGACAACUGGCCCUGAAAGCUCUGAACGAGCGGCUAAAACGCGUAGAGGACCAGUCUGCUUGGCCCAGCAUGGAUGACGAGGAAGACGACGAUGACGACGAGGUCAGAACCGACACACAGCCGCUCCUACCAGGCGGACGUGAGCCCUCCUCCACACCAAGAACAGCAGGGGGAGCCAUCAGUGCCUCCCUCUCCUCCACCUCCUCAUCAUUGAUGUCACAAAGUGGCGGAGCACCUUCCUCGGGUGGAGUGCAGCACCCAGAGUCCAGCAUCAUCAGCUUUGAGGAUGCACCUUCAAGAUCAUAGCAAACAGAACACAAGUGUACAGAUAUGCACGCUCUGUUUGAGGUCACUGGCAAGUAUACUGGUGUGUUCAGAGUUCCUGACUAGUAUACAGGUUUAUUCAGUGACAGCUAUUAGGCGUAUACACACACACACACACACGCGCACACACACACACACACCCCUUUGACCAGUGUAUACAAACAGCCGUGCACACUCAAACUCUGUCAGCAUCAUUGUGAAGCCCAAAAGACUGUACAGUGCUUUCAGUUGAGACACGAUGGUUGUAAAUGCUCAGUGUAGUUGGGCAGACUGAACACUAAAUUCUUGGCUCGCUCCUGCAUACAAACGAAAGAAAGUCACAAAAAUUCUUUCUUUUCCAGACUUAAUCCCAGCUUGCAGAAAUCUGUUCACUGCUUCAUGUGUCUUUUUCUUUUUUUCUUUUUUUUGCUUUCUAAAUAAAUAAUGAAAUGGGUGUAUGAUAUUCUUUUUUUGUAAGUUUUACAGAGCAGCCAUAUUCAUUCUUUUAUUUUCCACUGUGGGGAAAGCUGUCUGUGACAGAGGCUGGGUUUGAGUUCCUGAUUCUCGAUGAAAGACUGUAGCGCGUCAAAUUGAGAAGCACUAAGUCAGAUUAGCUUUGGGUUCACUGGUUCCAAAUAUAGAACCAGGUGUGGAACGGAGGAAGCAUGAAAAGCAUGUUACUCAGCACCAACUGCUGGACCACAGGAAAGAAGCUGCUGCGGGUCUGUCCUGCUGAUGAACUAUGUUACCAAACAUCAAGAUUUGAAAAAGUGCCAGGUGAAAGAAAAAUUCCAGACCAGGUUAACUUGCCACCUGAUACCUCUCUGGAAUCACAAGCAGAAGUACAAACCACAUUAACCCCACCCCACCCCUUUUUUUUUUUUUUUUUCUUGUCAGUGGACAAAAAUGUGGGACACUCCCCUCCCCCCCAAUAGUCUAUUCAUUUAUUUAAUUCUACAAAAAUUUAACUUUUUUGGACUGACAAGACAUGUUGGUGGUGUUACACUCACACAGAUCUGUGGAUGCUUUUCUUGUUUUGCAAGCUGAUUUUCUUUCUUUCCUGAUCCUAACCUGUUUACACUUCUGCAUUCAAGAUUCUGAAAUUAUGCUAGAAAUGUGUGAGCAAGUGCUGUUCUGUUAUCUGGGUGCCUACAAUGAAGGGAAGGUGGUCAUUGUCUGUGCUUCUUUUAUCCAUUUGCACCAUUAGAAACGUGGAGAAAGUGAAGGAGAAGAUUAGCAAAUAGUCUUAGUGGGUAUUUAAAGAAAAUCACAUUGAUUUAUGAGUUACCGAUUUUAAGUUUUAUAAUUGUUGUAACUCUGGCACUGGCCCAUGAGGACAAAUGAGUCCACAAACAGAGGACUGCUGUCCUGGUCAGUAGUCAACAUGGCACAGGUCUCACAGUCACAUCCUUUGGACUUGUAGCAUUACCAUCUCUAAAUUUAUACUUCCAGACCUGGCUCGUGGUGAAUCGUUUUCUAGGGUUGUUGAUAGCAGCUAAAUUAUUUCAUCUAAAUAAACAUGAACUUCAUUUACACCUAAAGGUCAUCAGUUCACUGAUUGUGCUGCCAGUUAUUGCUGUAGCUGUUGCAUGCUAUUGUGGAAACAAUCAAAUCAUUGAAUUUGAUUAGAGUCAUUUGAAGCAAAUGAAUUGUUUAGCAAUGAUGACAAACUGAAACUGUACUUUGGAAAAAUACUUUUGCACUCAUAAUCAUAAGCUUGUAAUUUCAAUGAGAAAUUCCAACUAGCUGAGACUGUGAACCAUGUUUUUUUUUUUUUAAUCACUUUAGAUUAGAAGUGCAAAAGUCCAUGAGGUUAUAUUCACACCCUCCUUCAGUCUCUGAUUCUUCCUGUGAAAACAGGCCAAACAUUAAGACUAAACGCUGAUUAGGGUGAACUGCUAAGAAUUAAGAGUUACCUCUACUUUCCUAAAGAUAUUUAAGAAAAUUACAGAUGAUUAUUAUUAUAUUAUUUGGGAAACUAGGGAGCUACAAAAAUGAGUAUGAUGUUACAUGUGUAAUUCCAUUUAAUAGUUUUCUUUUUGUAUUCAAAAUAAAUAUUAAAAUAGGUUGUUUUUAAUGUUGUUUUAUCAACAUAAUGAGACUUCCUGUGUCCCCACACCUUGAAAAUAAAAAAACAAAAACAAAACACAUAAAUGUAGCCAACCAAAUUGAAUUCCUCCUAAAUGAAAAUGUUUACCUGUGGCUCAGAAGGAGUGAUUCUGAGCACGCCUUUGAAGCUACGAGAAAACGGUCAGCCUUGUGUCUGGACUCAAAUUUUCACUUUUUUUUUUUUUUUUAACACUGAAAUAUAAAAUUGGGUUCUUUGCUUUUUAAUAAAUGGCAAAAAUAGCCUGUAGUCUGCAGACCUUCGCCCCAUGUGAUAAAUUGAAACGGUUGAUGGAAUGAGAUGUGAUGUUGAAAGGGAAGUGAUAAGCCAUAUUAGAGGGAUGGAAUUCUGUGUGCUGUCCUGUUUAUUCUUGUUUUAUCUCACUGUGCUCAUAUUUUGGCAAGCCUGUGUAUACAUGAGAUGAUUUGGGCCUCUACAUUAAUUUGAAUGUUACUGUUUCUGUAAAUGAACGGACACAGGAACUGAUCUUCAGAGUGGAGCAGGUGAAGCUGCAGUCAGACGUCUGAUACCUCACACUGCACCCUACCAUCAAACACAGUAGCAACGGAUAAAAACAGUCAAGGCAACUUUGUACAUAAUUGCAUAGAAUUACAGUGCAAUUUACAGCUUUAUGGUGUCAUUUUCUUACCCUUUACAUGCAAGAUAAUCUGCAAAUAGUCAAAUAGCAGUUAAAAAGUAUGUGUUAAGCUUGACUGGCUGCCCCAUUCAGCUUGCAUCACAAAAUCAGCAUUGCAGCAAAACAUGCUAAUGCGGUUGCCUGCAGAUAACUGUGAAGUUCAGUGAUUUGGUGAAGUUGUACCAUUUUAUUUUAUUUUUUUUUUUUUUAGUGGUUUGAAGGCCGUGGAGCAUUGUAGCUGGCAGUCUGAGGUUUCAGACUGAGUCUCGUCAGUCUGACAUUCAGCCAAACCUCACCUCCAGUCCUGUUUCCAAUGUUUUGUUUUUUAUUUAUUUCCUUUUUUUCCCCCUUGAAUUAAAAUGUCAUUAAAGCGAAGAAGGCAGAUCCUGUCUGUGUGUCUAAUCCCUUUGUACAGUUGGGUUAAACUAUAAAAACUGCAGACGAGCAUAAUGAAUGAUGUCAGUGCUGUUCACUGUUAAAUUACAGUGGCCUCUCUUUUAGGCUCUGCAGAAAUGCUAGCAUUGCAACUUGGCCAACAUAAAUUUGGUUCAAGUCUUUUUUUUUUUUUUCCCCUUCCCCCGUUCACAUGUAUCAUGUCUUCAGCCGGGCAUGGUGACUUUUUUAAAGCUUGUUUCACUCCACCCUUACAUUCAUCCUUAAAUGUAUUCUCACAAAUCAUUUCCCAAGUGGAUGUCCAGUUACAUAAUUUUAUGUUAGAUUUUUUCAGGUCUUAAACAAGCUCCUUGACUUGAGACACAUGAAAGAUGGAUGAAAAUUGUAUGCCCAAGGUAUAAAAUUGGAAGACGAGUAACUGAAGGGCUUCAUGUGUUGUUACAUCAGAAUUUAAGACUUCUUUUAGAACUAUUGCCUCUAUUAAUCUGAUUGUUUUUCUUCUCUUAAUUGUCCAGUAUGAGUGUUUUUACAAAUGUGGAGCUGAGAAAAGAGAGUUGUAACAACGACAUUAAAUAUAAUCACUGCUUGAUAUGGCUGGGUUAUCACUUGUAAGGUACAUUUGGGUGUUUGGGGGAUGCUGUACAUGUAAGGUUGUCAAGUCUUUAAGACACUUUGUGAGACAACAUAUUCCUAGGAAAAAUGUCAUUGUUUUGGGAAACACUAAACUUCAUGAGCUUUGGAUAAAAAUGGUUAAGAAAGAUGAGACUGUUGUGUUUUGGCAGAGUUGAUCACCCACAAGGUUUAUUUUUCUUGCUUUUCAUUACUUCCAUUUUCCUUCUCUGUCUCUACUUUUGCUCCAGCAGAUCUCGUUCACACUAAGGACAUCUUUCUUUCUCUGUACUGUGGCAGUUGCACAGACUUCUGUUGAUUUUCAAAUAUAUUUCUUCAUCUCAAUAUGAAAUAAAAG